GCGGCCGCGAUGGCGGCGGCAGCGGCGGAGGCGGCGGCGCUGGAGGCCCUGAAGCGGGGCGGCGCGGGGGCGGCCGAGGCGCUCUUCGAGGCCCACUCGGCGGCGGAGCUGCGGGCGGCGGAGCGGCGGCUGCGCGCCGGCAUCGAGGGGAAGCGCGAGGAGCUGCGGCAGAUGGUCGGCGAGCGCUACCGGGACCUCAUCGAGGCCGCCGACACCAUCGCCCAGAUGCGCCUCAGCGCCCAGCGCCUCCUCCAGGCCGUGCGCGGCCUCCAGCAGCGUCGCGCCGCGGGGCCAGCCGCAGCCCCGGCCGGGCAGGCGCCCUCCGCCCACAGGGGCCGGCGAAGCCCCGGGGGGCCGGCGAGGGAGGCGGGGGCGCCGCCGCAGACUGUACAGUCACAGGAAAAGUUCCAUUGCUUGGCAGCACAGAUUCAACUGCUGCUGCAGGUCCCUGAGAAAAUCUGGAGCGCGAUGGAAUCUUCCCAGUACUUACAAGCCACACAGUUGUACCUGCUGUGCUGCCACCUCCACGGCCUCUUGCACUUGGACUCUUCUGGCACCCGCUACAGUCCCAUCCUGGCACGUUUCCCUAUUCUUGUGCGGCAAAUGGCAGCGAGUAGCCAUUUCCGGUCCACUAUCCUACAAGAAAGCAAGUCACUGUUGAAAUCCCGGACUGUUUCGGAUCAAGCAGUAGCAGAAGCCUUAUGUUCGGUCAUGCUUCUUGAAGAUAGCUCUCCACGCCAGGCUCUGGCAGACUUCCUGCUAGCCAGGAAAUCUGCAAUUCAGCAGCUUUUGAACCAGCCCCAUCAUGAUGCAGGCAUCAAAGCACAAGUCUGCUCCUUGGUGGAACUCCUAGCCACCACACUCUAUCAAGCGCACGCCCUCUUCUACACCUUGCCAGAGGGGGUGCCCUCGGACUCAUCCCUCCCAUCUGGCUUGCUCUUCUCAGCAUUGGAGACCAUCACAAGCCAGCAUCCAGCAGGCAAAGGCAUCACCGUUUUGAAAGAAGAAACCAAGCUGAGCACCUGGUUCAAAUACUUGCCUCCUUCCGUAACACAGUUCCAGCCAACCCUCAGAACUCUGGCACAUCCCAUUAGCCAGGAUUACCUAAGAGACACGCUGCAGAAAUGGAUCAACAUGUGCAAUGAAGAUAUCACAAGUGGGAUCACCAGCUUGCUGGUUUACGUGAAGAGCUUGAAAGGUCUGGCUGGGAUCCGUGAUGCAGUGUGGGAGCUGCUCACCAGCGAGUCCAUGAGCCAGAACUGGGAGACGGUGUGUUGCCGGCUCCUGGACAAGCCCAUUUCUUUCUGGGAAGAUCUGUUGCAAGAGCUCUUCUUGGACAGACUACAGACUCUGACCAAGGAAGGGUUUGAUGACAUCGCCACCAGCUCCGGGGAGAUCCUUAUGCUGGCUGUACAAGAGCUCGAGGCGAAGUUCGGCACCUCUGCCCCCAACAAACAUACCCUGUAUGAACAGAACAUGGCCUCUUUCUUGUGGUCAGAGAGUCCUAACGACUUGCCGCCCGACGCUGCCUGGAUCACUGUGGCGAACCGCAGCCAGUUCACCAAGAGCGGGCUGUCCAUGAAGGCUCAAGCCCACAGCCCCUGCGUCCAGAGCUUCUGCAGCGCUUUGGACUCCAAACUGAAGGCUAAGCUGGAUGACCUUCUGUCCUACUUGCCGUCAGACUCCUCCGUAUCCAAGGAGACGCUGAAAGGACAGUCCUGGAACUCUGCCUUUGACCGGUACGCCGACACAGGCACGGUGGAGGAGCUGUUGCGCAGCCGCUGCAUCUGCUGCGUGGAUUACGUGCUGGGCAGCGUAAGGGAAGAGCUGUGUCGCGCUCAGGAGGUGCUCCAGGGGUGCCCAGAUGCUUUGCACAGCCCCACGUUAAACACUGUCCUCUUCAUGGCACGGCUGUGUCGGUCGCUCGGGGAAUUGUGCCCACACCUGAAGCAGUGCAUUCUGGGUAAAUCGGGUAGCUCAGAGAAUGUGACAAGGGAGCCCUGGCCUCUGAAAAAGGUGGGCAAAGGGAAAGUUCAAGAAGUGAGUCCCAUAAAGGCCAAGUGGCAAGAGCUGAACGAACGGUUGCUGCAGGAUAGCCAGUCUGCCUAUCGAAUCUGGAGCAGUGUCGUUGCUAAGGUCCUGGUUCAGAAUUUCACACAGUCCUUACUAAAGGAUGAAGCUGGGUCCAUUUUAGCAACAGCUACCAACUGGGAGGAAAUUGAAAUUGAGGAAGAGACUGAGAGUGGAAGCAGUAUUAAGUCUAAGAUACGACUUCCUGUCCAGCCCUCCUGGAGUGUCCAAGCCCUCCUCUUCAACUUGUGCCAAGAAGUCAGUCGAGUCGGUGGUCACACCCUUCCAAAGGUCACCUUGCAAGAUCUACUAAAGAUGUGUAUGACUGAAAUAUUAGCUGGCUACGAAAAACUGUCAGAAAAACACACAAACGCACAGGAAAAGAAAAAAGGAAUGUUGCCAGUCACUCAGAACAGGGCUUUACAACUCUUAUAUGAUCUUCGGUAUCUGAACAUAGUCCUGACCUCAAAGAGUGAAGAGUUGAAAAGCAGCAGAAACAAGCAAGAUUCCAGAAUUGAGAAACAGACUGACUUUCUGGAAAGCUACAUAGAUCCCUUUGACUUGGAUGUCUUCACCCCACACUUAAACAGUAACCUUAACCGCCUGGUGCAGCGAACCGCUGUCUUAUUUGGCUUAUUAACCGGGGCAGAGAACCAGUACACCAGCCGAAGCAGUGCUUUGACUUCUCAAGAGUUACACAACAUCCUACCUCUAGCAUCUAGUCAGAUCAGGUUUGGGCUCUUGCCACUCAGCAUGUCAAGCUCUCGCAAGACUAAAUCAAUUCUAAGAAAUUCUGAACAUAAAGCUCAGAUUCCAGCUCCAGCUCUUACAAGAGCAGAAGAGACAUUCCAGCCUGGCUCCCUGUUCAGACAGCUGGCCUCAGAGGAGGAAGACCCACCAGCAUCGUCUUUGUUUAAGCUUGGAUGGCUUUCCAGCAUGACUAAGUGAUCUAAUAAAAUGUGAACUACUACGGUCUUGACACUGAGAAAUAACCUUCAAGGCAGAUAGCUGCUAUUCUACAACCUCAGUUAAGCAAAUCAAUUACUUGUAGGCUCUGUGGUUUAGGCAAUUUGAAGCUAGUACCAAGUUGUGUUUUUAAAAGGCCACAUGUAUUCACAAACACAAAACCAACCCAGAUUCUGUACAUAAGCAAAGCAAUGGCUCCUGUCUAGAACAGUUACAGCAAGGAAAUAAAAUAGUUAUAUUCCUGUUGACUUCA